AUGCUGAAGGAUUUGGAAGAUGGGCCACCAUUUUUGUGUCCAAAGUGCGGUCGUACUUAUUCCCACAAGUGCAACUUAACCAGGCAUUUACGGCUAGAAUGCGGCGUUGGGCCAAGAUUUCAAUGUGCCUGGUGUAAGAAGCGGUUCAAGCAUCGACAUCACUUGCGGGACCAUCAGAGGAUCCAUCUUUAUUCAAAUUGCACGUUUGAAUUACGAAAUUAGAAUACUCCCUUCCCUCCGUUCUCUUUCUAUCUAUAUACUUCAUUAUUUUUAUAUAUUUCGCGCAAUAAUUUGAAUAUUCAAUUAUUUAUUUAUUUAUUUAUUUAUUUAUUUAUUUAUUGUUUGUAUCGUUCGUUAAAUUGUUUAUUUGUUUGUUUCAUUUAUUAACUAGUCAAAUGGAGAUACAUCGUUGUAAUAUUUCUAUUCUCACAAUUUAA